GCUAGCACCUGGUAGCUAGUGUAAUCUGAUUUGUAUGCUUUCAUUAGCUCUCAGAAUAAAACACUCGGUUUGUGAUUUUGACCACGGGUGGUCAAAUCGAGUAUAUCGGGUAAUAAUGCAUGUCGAGUAAUCGUCUGAGUAUAAUGCCGCCGAAGAGUCUUCACGGCAUGGUCCGUGAUGCUGUGGUCCAGCACGGUGGUAACAGAGCUGUUGUUUUUGACAGCGGUGACUCUCCGAGUACCUGCUUGACCUACAAUGAACUUUUCGCUUUCGGAAACGAAUUAUCGAGACAGCUGGAGAUGGCUGUAGGAAAGCAUGAACAGACCAUAGGCGUGUUCUGUCAUACAAACAUCUUCCUCCCGGCCUGGAUCAUUGGGACCUACUUUACUGAACAAUCGUCACUUUCUCCUGUCUUCACUCGCAGUAUACUGCAGUUGCCAGCAGCAUAUGUGCCCCUCGAGCCACUGUCGUCAUCCGGGUUUACCCUGAGAAUGAUGGACAGGUGUCAUUUAAAGUACUGUUUGAUCCAGAGCAGUCUGCUGCAGCAUUUCCAGAGUGUAUUUUCCAGCUUUCUGUCCAUAGACGUGUGUGCUGAGUGGUCAACAUUAAAGCUUACUCUAAUCAAGAUGUACAGAAAGAUGCCAUCUCAAGGAAGCAGUGCAAAGCAAUGGAGAGCAAAUAACCAAAUGCUACAGGUAGAGGAAGCAAGGCAACAUCCCAAAGAAGUUGUUCCUAGAAAUGUCCACCAGGGGGAGCAGAUAGCAUAUGUUCUACACACGUCUGGAACUACGGGACUGCCUAAAAUAGUGAAAGUUCCACACACGUGUAUUGUCCCUAAUAUUAUACAUCUGAGAUCUCUAUUUCAGAUGAGCCCAGAUGAUGUUGUAUUUCUUGCAUCACCUUUGACCUUUGACCCUUCGGUGGUGGAGAUGUUUUUGGCUCUGUCAUCUGGAGCGUGUCUUCUGAUGGUUCCCUCUGCCGUUAAGAGGAUGCCUGGCAGACUGGCUCAUGUGUUGUUUAGACGAAACAUGACGACUGUCUUACAGGCCACUCCAACUCUACUAAGACAAUUUGGGGGGUGUGCCUUAAAGGAGGAGGUGCUUAGUGCAGGCUCCUCCCUUAGGGUGUUGGCUCUAGGAGGAGAAGCGUGUCCAUCGCCGGUUGUCCUUAGGAGCUGGAGACAGGAGGGUAAUAAGACCCAUAUUUAUAAUCUCUACGGCACUACUGAGGUUUCUUGCUGGGCAUGCUGCUAUGAACUGCCUAACAGUUUCCUCGCCUCUGAUAGCACGGAAGAUGCAUCCGUGCCUUUGGGAAAGUCUUUGAUGGGGACAGUUGUGGAAGUGAGAGAUGAGAGAGGAUGUCUAGUUACUGAAGGAGAGGGACAGGUCUUCAUAGGUGGCCAGGAGAGGGUUUGUCUGCUGGAUGAUGAGUCGAUCGUUGUUAAAGGUACGAUGCGCGCCACAGGAGACUGGGUGGUGGUGCGGGACUCGCACCUCUAUUACCUUGGCAGGAAGGACCGGCUGGUCAAACGCCAUGGCCAGAGAGUACACCUGGACAACUUGCAACAGGCCGUGGAGAGCUUACCUGUGGUAGACGCUUGUGCGGUGGGUCUCCAUGAAGGAAGCAGACUGGUGGCUUUUGUUGUGCCUUCCGAGAGUAGGAAUGUUUCUUCCACUGAACGCCAGGAACGCCAUGUCCACGGCUCCUCUGAUGCUCUUGCAGAUGUUCAGGUCUCAGAAGACAUUUCCUUUUCCUGCACAUCUCUAGAGAGGGAGGUGCUUCAAGAGUUAUCUCAACUCUUACCCAAUCACAGCCUUCCAGAUACAGUAUUACUGGUUCCGGCCCUGCCACUCACUAAUCAUGGGAAGGUGUCCAUGGAGAAGCUGAUGAGGACGUAUGAGAGACAUAGAGGGGUCAGUGGUGACCACGCUGCAUGGGGAGACAUGGAUACUGCCAGAGCAACACUGCAGAGCCUCUGGAAGGACUACCUGGGUCUGGCUGCUGAUGCGGUUGUUAUGGAGGAUGCCCACUUCAUAUUAAGUGGUGGAGAUUCCCUGCAGGCUCUGCGCCUCUUCGAUUACAUCACUGUUACCAUGGGGAUGACCUCUGCAGGCCUGUUAGAGGUCAUUCUAGAUGGGUCUUUUGCAGAUGUCCUAAAACACAUAACCAGUAUGACACAUCAUGGUCGUAUCCAGACCUCCAACAAAAGACAGCAUGAGGGUUCUACAUCUGGUAUUCCACCCAAGAAAUACCACACAAAAGUUACCUCCAACAUUGUUUCAGAGAGAAACACGAGCCCCGAGGUUUCCUCAGUGAGACGAACUGUGGGAUUUGUAAUUGUUAGGAGAGCUGGAGAUGUGCAGGAAUUGUAUUACUCUCAAAACAGAGAGAAAAACUCUCUUAUGGACUCCCCAAAAGCUAGUGAAGACCUAGACAGAAAACGAGUUCCUACUAGUGAAAGUUGUCUGAAGGCAGAACCUGGCCCCUCGUCUGCAGGCAAACCCAGAGAGCCAGCUGGAAGCAGUUACUUGGCAACACCAGCAGAUGGGUGCCUUCCCAAUAAAGCUGGCAGUGUUGAACUUAACAGAGACAUUCUAGCUGGGGAGGAACAAUUUCACUACGUUAACCAAGGAAGUGGAGACACCUCACAAUCAGGCACUGCAACAGACAACCAAGCCCUGGGCCUGCGGGUCCUCUGGAGGUCCGACACAGGCAGAUGUGUGGAUGCCUCACCGGUGCUGCUGGUGCAUCCUGACCAAGCCAGAGUGUUCAUAGGCUCUCAUUCCCACAGACUACAGGCUCUGGACCUAUCCAGUGGUGAGGUGGUUUGGGAGCGCGUGCUGGGGGACAGAAUCGAGUCCUCUGCUGCCAUCACUUCAUGUGGAAACCUGGUAGUAGCUGGUUGUUAUGACGGGCAGGUGUAUUUCCUGUGCGUCGACUCGGGGGACACCUGGUGGGUAUUCGAGACAGGAGAUGCAGUAAAGAGUUCCCCUGCCAUAGAUCCUCACACAGGACUGGUCAUUAUUGGUUCCCACGAUGGUCAUGUAUAUGCACUAGAUCCACUGGCAAAGUGCUGUGUGUGGAAGCACCACUGUGGAGGUGGCGCAGUGUUCUCAUCUCCCUGCCUGCACUCAUCUCCUAGGCUGUUGUACUCGGCCACUCUCGGAGGGCAGCUCCGUUGCCUCAGACCUGACAGUGGUGAACUAAUGUGGAAGUAUGUCAGUGAUGUUCCGUUGUUCUCUUCUCCUGCCUGUUCGGAGACCUGUGUCUGCAUUGGCUCCGUGAGCGGUCACAUCACUGCAUUAAGUCAUGAUGGACAUAAGUUAUGGGACUUUCAUACUGAUGGACCUGUCUUCUCAUCACCAUGCUUAGCUUCAGUGCCACCUCCUGUCAAUAAGAAAACAGGCUCUAGAGUAUAUGACAAUGGCACAUCAACAUCUCCAGCCAAUGAAGUGCUUCUUUGUGGUUCACAUGACUGCUCUGUGUAUUGCUUGAACACUGCGGAUGGAUCGUUACUGUGGCAGUUCCAGACUACGGGCAAGGUGUACUCUAGUCCCUUUGUGUUUGAUGGUACACCAUGGGGGAGAAGCACACUGGUUGCCUUGACUACAACUGAUGGAACAGUGUGGGUUCUAGAUGUAGAGCAGGGAGCACUGAAAGCGUCCCUCUCCCUACCUGGAGAACUCUUCUCCUCCCCUGUUGUGUGGGGCCGCACAAUAGUGGUGGGAUGUCGGAAUGACUAUGUGUACUGCCUGGACCUGACUGGCAGUAAAGAACAGAAAAAAACAUCUCUGAGCACAAGAGAUUAAUGUUUGUACUGGAUAAAAUGCAUAGUUGUCUAUAAUAGUAAUAAUAAACUGUGGGGAAAAAAAACCCUGAACUAGCA